AGUAGAAUCCAACCCACCAAAUUCCUAAUUAAAUUGGUGCCUAUCUCUUUCUCUCUCUCUUCCUCACCGGCGAGUCGAAACCCUCACUGCCUGCCUCGCCGCUCACCGCCCUGUCUCACCGGCUCUCCUUCUCGCCGGACCGCUAGCACCCGACACAACGCGAGCGUUUCCAUCAUCAUUCCGAAGCUACCAUGGAGACACAUGGGAGUAUUGCUAAUGAUCUCUAUUCAAAUAUCCUGGAAUCAUCAAGUGUUGAUUCAGAUAGAAGAAUUAAUACAGUCCAAGUGAAUGAUAAUUUCCAUGAAAGCAAUGCAGAUGACUUGUGGUAUGAUGAUGACUCUUGUGAAGAUUCUGUUGAAAAAUCGAGUAAAGCACUCGAUAUGGACAGGGAGUGGAAUAGGAGGCAUGAUCAAUUCCACACGUUAGGCUACCGUGAUGGUCUCAUUGCUGGCAAGGAGACUGCCUUACAAGAAGGGUUCAAUAUCGGUUUCAAGGAUUCUGUGCUUACUGGAUACAAUUGGGGUCUUGUGAGAGGGAUUAGUAGUGCUAUGGCUUCCUUGCCCAGUGCCUUGAAGGAAAAGUUGGUUGAAACAGAGGAAACUCGAAAAAGAAUCCAACAGUUGCACGAGUCUGUGCAGUGCAUCUCAUCAGCAGAAUCUUUAAAACUGUUCUAUGAAGAACAGAAAAGGAAAUCACUGAAGCAGGAAACAGCUGAACCCCGUUCCAGUGAAACCAAUCAAAGCUCGGAUGCAGGUGUUCUUGAGAAUUACAAGGUACAGCUUCAGUCGAUUCUUCACGAAUCUCCUCUGAUUGAAGGCCAUUUGAAAAUAACUCCUUAAUUUUGCUUCCAUAGGAAGUAGGAGUAUAUUGAAAGAUCUUUUCACAUAGUGAAAAACUGAUGUUGUUACAGGCAAAGUGUAAUUCCUCCAAGAUUUUAUCAUAUUGCGCAACUGUUUCAAAGUUUAUCUAACAAGCUUUUUACUUA